GCAGGGGUGAAACGGCGAAUGAGACAGGAGAGAGUGUGAGCCGAUUACACACUGCGAACCAGAACCAGUGAGAGAGGGAGGCAGUGGGGCCGUGACAUCUGAAAGUUUUAAACCUGUGAUCGCUUUAGAUGAUGCAGAGCGAGCCUGGAGUUUCUUCCAACGUGUGGAAGGAAAGCCAAGUCCGCAUCACGGAUCGCUACAGUCUGGGAAGGAUUUAACUACUGCGGCGGGCCAGUCGGGUUCAAUCUUAUGUGGAAAACGGAGUCAAAGGGAGGCGAUAAAAGCUGUGGAGGAAUAUACAGACUGAAAUGCAUUUGGCAACAAGUUCCACUAUUUUCCAGAGCAGGUUGGGAGGAUAUUUAAAGGACUGAAAUGCAAAAGCUCAUCAAUUGCCACUCCGGGAAGAAGUGGCCGACAGGAGAAUUUGCUGCGUGGGAAAGUGAGGGCCUCUGUAAACGUCUUGCUGUGAAAGAUCUGCUCGUGAUGGGAUUAUUCCAGCACCGGAGUUUGCCGCAGCUGCCUUGCUAACUUCACACUUCAAAUCUUUCAGACGUUUUAUUGACUUUCCAUUCUGCUCAAAGGACGAUGCGUCUUGUGCACCGACCCUGAGCAGCCCCAGCAGACCCUGCACCUUUGCUUGUGGGACCCAGUGACCAUGCUGACCGAGUGUCUGAAAGCAGAGAGAUCAGAGCCGCCGCCCACGCUCAGGCCCGCCGUGGUAUCAGCAGCAACAUGUCUCAGUCGGUCAACGCCAGCUCACCUCCCGGCCAGGCGCCUGAGACUGAGCUGAGAUGGGCCGCCCUGCUCAUCGUAAUGGUCAUCAUCCCCACCAUCGGAGGAAACAUACUGGUCAUUCUUGCUGUGUCGUUGGAAAGAAAGCUGCAGAACGCCACCAACUACUUUUUGAUGUCGCUUGCCGUCGCUGACCUGCUGGUGGGACUUCUAGUGAUGCCCAUUGCACUCAUCACUGUUCUUUACAACUCUAGAUGGCCCCUUCCAGAUUUCCUCUGCCCCAUCUGGCUCUUCCUCGACGUGCUCUUCUCUACAGCGUCCAUCAUGCACCUAUGUGCCAUCUCACUGGAUCGCUACAUUGCCAUCAAGAGGCCUAUCCAACACAGCCAAUACAAAUCCAGAGCCAAAGCGCUGGCCAAGAUCGCACUGGUUUGGCUCAUCUCCAUUGGUAUUGCAAUCCCGAUCCCAAUAAAGGGGCUGAGGAACCUUCACAACAACAUCACCUUCAACAGUAACCACACAUGCCUGCUGAAACCGGACACCUUCUCAGAUUUCAUCAUCUUCGGCUCCCUGACAGCAUUCUUCAUCCCUUUGACCAUCAUGAUGAUCAUCUACCUUCUCACUGUGCAAGUGUUGCGCAAAAAGGUUUACUUGCUCCGUUCGAAGGUAACCCGGGGCUUCAGCUCCUCGCCUAUCGCCACGGUUUUCCAAAGCAACCCAGCCCUCACUUCUCCUCAAGCUGAGCAAAUGAACAUGCUGGAUGUCAGGCUUUCUCGGCUGCAGGAGAAAACAACCCCAGGAAUGCUGAACGCUCAGAUGGAGAAUGAAAUAUCUUUCCGUAGAAUGUCAACAAUGGGCAAGAAGUCAAUGCAGACUCUAAGCAAUGAGCAGCGAGCCUCAAAGGUGUUGGGUAUUGUCUUCCUCCUUUUUGUCGUCAUGUGGUGCCCUUUCUUCAUAACAAACAUCACCUCUGCGCUGUGCUCCAGCUGUGUUGAGAAAGUCAUUUCCCGUCUGAUGGAGAUCUUUGUAUGGGUUGGUUACGUGUCAUCAGGAAUAAAUCCCCUUGUCUACACUCUUUUCAAUAAAACAUUCAGGGAGGCCUUUACGCGUUACAUCACCUGCAACUACAAAGGCUGCGCCAGAGACAGACAGGGACGCCCGCUUGGCUCGACCACUGCGGACUGGACCCUUACAAGCAUUUCAUUUAAAUCUUCUAUGGCAGAAAACUCCAAACUGUUCAUGAAGCGGGGAAUGAAGAACGGCAUUGGCAGAGUGGGCUACCAAAGCCCACUGAGGUGCCAUCAAGCUGUCCAGUCAGCAGGGGGGGUUCUGUUAAACACAAUUCUUUUGGCUGAAAAUGAAGACUUUAAGCAGGAAGAACAUGUAAGUUGUGUAUAAAUAGAAAGAAGAACUAAGUUAAACGUGAUCACUUUUAAUGUGCAGAUUAAAUCUCAAAGACAAAGGCUUGCCCAAAAUUAUGAAGUCAGAGUGACAUAAUAAUGCCUCAGAGGUGUAAAAAAUCCACAGUGCCUUGCUCAGGUGUUACUACCCCUUUUAACCUGCAGAAAUGUUCACGUUACAACCUAGAAUAAUGCAUUUUAAUUUGAGUUUAGGGCAGAUUCACGACCGUUACCUUUGUUAUGCUUAAAAUGAACAAAGGUAGUUUCCCGGUUGGGUUUGACCUUAUGAGCAUCUAA